CGGAAAUAGCUACUCAAGACGCUACGUUUGUACUGUCAUACUCUGUUAUAAUGUUAAAUACCGAUUUACACAAUCCACAAGUUCGACGCCGUAUGAGUCUCGAUGAUUAUAUGAGAAAUCUUCGAAAUGUCAAUAGUGGACAAGAUUUCGACCCUGAAUACCUGCGAGCUAUUUAUGAUGCUAUUCGGAAACGAGAAAUUGUAAUGCCAGAAGAACAUGAAGGACAACUUGGAUUUAAUUACUUAUGGAAAGAACUGAUACAUCGUACAGAAGCAGCUGGUCCCCUUAUAAUAUGCGAUGUCUCUUUAUAUGACAAAGACAUGUUUAUAACGACAUGGAAACCGAUAGUGACGGCUAUUUCUUACGCGUUUACUUCCGCUCCUGACGAUAUGACCCUGCAGAAAGCUAUUACCGGAUUCCAUCAAUGCGCUCUCCUUUCGGCGAACUGUCAGCUUUAUGACGUAUUCGAUUAUAUAAUUAUGACACUUGCCAAGAUGACUGGCUUACUUGGACAGGGUUAUUCAAAUGAAACAGCCAACAACCCUGUCGUAAACGUUAACGAUAUUGAUGUCACAAUUAGUGAUUUGUCCAUUCAGUUUGGAAGAAACUAUAAGGGCCAGCUUGCAGCCGUAGUCUUGUUUGCCAUCGCCAACGAAUAUGGGAACGUGUUAAAGGACGGUUGGAAAUUUAUUCUCGAGAUAAUUAAGAAUCUCUUUGUUAAUUCCUUGUUACCGAGUUCCAUGUCACAAGUCGAAGAUUUCUUAGAAGGUACGACCACUAUACCUCUAAAACCCAAAAGCUUACCAAUAAGAGAUGAGCGAACCCGUGGGAAUUCAUCACUCUUGUUCUACUUGCUUGAAAACGCUGGAAUUUUGGAGUCCUCCCGAAGCGAACCAACCAAAGAAGAAAUUGAAUGCACUAUGUGUACUGUUGAUUGUGUCGCAGCUUGUCGUCUGGAAGAGCUCUUUGCGGACAUUAGGUUACUGCAACAGGAGUCGCUCGAAUAUUUGAUGAGGGCGCUUAAAUUCAUUGCAGAUGGUAACUCCCCCUCCGAUUCUCUAAAUUCACGAAAUUCCGUAUCGCAAGAAUUGUCCAACCAAAAUUUGCAGGGCAACGCUCCAUCCAAGCCGUAUGACCCGGCUGCUGUAUUUUUCCUUGAGCUCAUGAUAAAUGUUACUCUACAAAAUCGAGAUCGAGUGCAGUCCUUAUGGCCAAUACUGUUCGAACAUAUUGCAGAUAUAUUAAAGGAUUCUACGAAUCACAGCAUUCUAUUGGUAGAGCGUACGGUAGUCGCUUUGCUAAGGUUAUCUAUUCGGCUAACGCAUAAGGAGGAAAUGGUAUCCGACGUUCUCCGAUCUUUCGAGUUGUUAAGGGCAUUGCCAACUGACAUAAUACAUUCUGUGGGCGAGCAAAUGAUGGCUGGAGUAUAUAAUCUAAUUAAAGCCGACUCGUCUUAUAUAAGGGGCCAAGCUUCAUGGGAAACUUUAUUCGGUCUACUUCGCGCAAAUUCGACUCAUCCUCAGGCAUCUAAAUAUUCAUUUGACACACUCGUCCUGAUCAACGAGAGCGAGAACGUGAAUAGUGACAACUUUAACGAGAGUGUAGAAUUGCUGACAGAGUUCGCGUCUGCUGCCGGGAUUUUGGUUGAAAGAGAAGGGUCUCCAGAGAAGAAUGCGAAGACUUACCUUUCGACGACUCAAGCGGAUAUUUUAGAAAGGGCACAAAAGUCUGUGGAGCUUCUUUAUCAACUUUAUACAGAAAUACCACGCCUCCUGAGUGUGUCACAAACCCCAAUGGGAGAAGUUUGGUCGACAUAUUGGUUACCUAUUCUAACGGGAUUAAGCCAGCAAUGUUACAACUCAUGUCGCGAGGUGCGGCAAACCGCAAUGACAUACCUCCAACGCGCUUUACUUAAUCCAGAUUUGGCAUCAUACAAUCUUACUGAAUGGGUGGUUAUUUUCGAUGUCGUUCUCUUCCCUCUGUUGGAUCAGCUACUGGAGCCAGAGAUAUUUAAUAGGGAUCCAGUAGGAAUGGAUGAGACACGAAUGCGAGCAUCUGCCCUUCUAUGCAAGAUUUUCCUGCACUAUUUGAACAGACUCGUCGAAUGGAGAGGGUUGAUUACUCUAUGGUUGCAAAUACUAGACGUGAUGGAACGAUACAUGGCAAUUGGAGACAAUGAUUCGUUGAGUGAAGCCAUCCCUGAAUCUCUUAAGAAUAUGUUGUUGGUUAUGUCAACGUCAGGCGUGCUUCAGCGUGAGACUAACGAGAAGCAAGAAGAGCCCACAAAUGCAAACAUGAUUGCAAUGAAACGUGAACUUUGGAAUGUUACUUGGGAGAAGAUUAAUAAAUUCUUACCUAGCCUUCAGCAGGAAUUCAGCGUUCUUCACUAG